AUGGGACGGCAAAAGAAAUACCAAUGUCGUGGUGGCAAGGAAAAGUGUGCAGUUAGUAGUACGGAUAGGUAUCAAUGCCGACUCUGUCGAUUUAACAAAUGCGUAGAACUCGGAAUGACACCAGAAAAUGUGCAAUGGCAUCGUGACUCUUUUCCAAAACCAAAAAAAUCCUCAAAAAUCGAUUAUCAAAAAUCGGAAAAUGAGAAAGCGGAAAGUCUAGUGUUGGGAAAACCAAGAACAGUGAUGGAUUUAUCAAAAUUAUCCGGAAAAAUAAGAGACAUUCUGAAUGAGAAAUCCGGAGGAAUCGAUCCAAAAACGAAGAAAAUGAAUUCUCUGGAAAUCGCGGAUUAUUGUCUCAGGAAGUGGAGAAACCAACAAAGGCCAGAAGAGCAAAUGGAGAGUGUGGAAACACUUCCAAUUCGUCAAAUGUUCGGAAUCUUCGAGAAACAGAUGAUUGUGGUGGCAGAGUGGUUGAUACAACAGCCGGAUUUUAGACUGUUGGAUGCAACAGAAAGAUGGCAGUACUUCAAAGCGAUGUGGAACAUGUGGCGACGAUUCGAGAGAUUCGCAAUGUCCGUGCAAAUGUUUGGCACUAGGACAAUCGAGCAAAAUAAAAUUGCAAUUUCCUGUGAGCAAAUCAUCACUAUUGGAUUUCAUAUCGAUUUCACGGAAAUCACAGAUAUCGACAAUGAAAGAGUUCAAAAAAUGUUCCAUGGAGGCAUUCAAAAAAUGUUGGAUGAAGUUGCAAAACCCUUAUUCGAUUUGAGACCAUCUUCAAUGGAAAUGGCCUAUAUGCUGACGCAAAUGAGUUGGCAAGUUGCAGGGAAAAAGAUGCAAGGAAAAGUGGUGGAAAUUGGCGAGCGAGUUUGCGACGAGAUGGCCAAUCACCUUCACACCUAUUAUUUACAAAACGAGCAGAGAUCAAACUACGCGGCCAGAUUGGUCAAAUUGAUGAAUGUGGUGAAUGCGGUAAACAAAAUUCAUAUGGAAAAACGAGAAGUUUUAGAGUUGGCGAGAAUUUUUGAUGUUUUUAAGUUCAGCUCCUCGAGGAGCAUAUUUAAACAAAAUUUCGACAACAUUAUUUUUCUCAUGUCCCCCCACCUUUAA